AUGAGCGGCUUCGACUCCGUGGGGACGCUGCUGGCCGAUAUCGCAAACCUCAUUUCCGAAGGCCGCCGUAUCCUCGGUUUGGCCGACAAGCGCCACUGGGGCCUUGACGAGCACGAGCAGCUGCGCGCCCUCGACGAGGCCCUCGACGAGGCCAGGAAGGACUUUCAAGAGCUCUCGCCGCUCGUUCACGGAUCGUCUUACUACGAGCACGACCGCAAACACGAAUCCAUCGAGGAGCUGAGGGCGCUGCGCGCCCGGUUCCAUAAUCAUACCCUCACCCUCAAGGACUGGGCUCGAUCAGGCGGGCCCAUCAACCCUGUUUGGACCCGCGAAACGCAUACGCUGCAAAAGGACCUGCAUCGCGCCCAGUGUCGCGCCGCCCAGCGCAUCUUCACGUCCGACCAGGAGUCGUCGCAGCGGUGCCUCGGCGCCUUCCUCGUCCGCCGCAUCCAGCGCCGCGAGCCCACAAGGCGCAAUGGCGUCGCGGCCGACGAUGGCCUUUGGAGGAGACUGUUGGAGGAGCUGCGGACGUGCGCCGCCAUCGGGGGCUUUGAGCGCUUCGGCGAGCAGGACAUUGCCUUUAUAUGCGACUUUUGCGACGGGCACAUCGUCUGGGAGGACCUCGAGGACGUGCCCAUGCCCCGACCCGCCCACCCAGGAGCGACCAACUCCCCGAGCGCAACAGCGACGGCGGCGUAUCCCUGUUGGCAAGCACCAGGAACCACCGCGUCCGGGGCGCUGGAGAAACAGGUCGUGUCGGCGCCCGUUGCCAUCGCCAACCACAUGGCCCCGCUGCACGGCGACUGGCAGGCAAGGCUGCUCUGUCCCUUUUGCGAGGAAGAAGCCCAGUUGCCACAGGACGAGGACGACGACGAGGACGUGUACCGCCCCGCAAACGAGUGCGACGACCUGGCCGCUCUCCAGGAGCACCUCGAGUGGCAGCAUACGGCCGCCACGUUGCCCGCCACGCUGCCCGUGUCCCUGCCAUCCUCGAAUAGUUGCCAGAUCAUGUAA